AUGCGCCUCCCAUCCAUAAUUCUUCUACUCACGGCUCUUCUAUGCCAGGUAUUUCUCUUAAUGGCUGGCAGUCAAACUAGGAGCUUUCUUGAAAAAGACCUUGCUGUAUUCAAAGUGGACUUUUCGAAUGUUUGGAAGAACGUCAACCCGCUCCAGGUCCGAAAACCUAACGAAAGAUUCAAAAAGAUCAGGGGGUUGCCUAUUUGUGUUGCUAACCGAUGUCCAAAGAACUCUGGCCUAGUGGAUGAGAUAUUUGGGGUGAUUAGUAUCCCUCAGAGUAUCGAAUUUUUCGUUCUAACUUCCUGCGACGAGUAUCCUAACGGCAACCGAGAAUGCGCAAUACUGAAGCUUUCGCCAUUUACGAAUUCGAUCGUCAAGAAUCAUAACGCAAACAAAAUAUGGCAAAGCGUUGGAAUUUCAGCAAUCCUCAUGGCAGGAACAACGGGUUUAAGGCUCUGUAACAACCUUGUCAUCAUCUAUACAGCGAGAAAAGAGAACCCAUGGAUCUCAGGGGUAACUACUACUUGCAUAUAG